CCCUGUGGAUAUUCGCAAUGAUUGCUGGGAUAGGUUUAGGUAUUCGAACAAAUGACGGAAAGCUGAGCAUGUUUGGGCAAAAUGAGACACAGCUAAAUAUACGGAAAUCGAAGCAAUGGAUUUCAGUGAAAACUGCGAUUUCUCCCCACCGUGUCUACUGGUUCCAAACUCACAGUUUGAAGAGCUAGAAUUUGGACCACAUGAGCAUAUAAAAUCAAUCACAACAAGUCUCCCAGGUCUUUUACCGCCAUCAAAAAGAGCAGCAAUAAUAAGCAAGAAUAAUGUUAAUGAUGGUCUUCUUACGGGCUCCCCUCAAUACGAUGACGUCCAGGAAGGUGCUAUAAGGUAUGCAGGGGGUACUGGAAACAGUGGUGGUGGUGGUGGUAAUGCAACAAGCGAAAAAUCUGAAGAUGCAGGAGGCUCAUCUUCAACGACAGGAGCUGGAGACCAGGGGAGUGCUGGCCAAGGAGGUGGGGGUGGGGGUACCACUGCUGGUAGUGGAGGUGAUGGUGGUGACAAUCAUGACGAUGAUGAUGAUGAAGAAGAACCUAGUGCUUAUGAAGAUGACACCAGCCAUUCUGAAAACCAAAGCUCCAGCUCCAACAACUCUAUUCCAAAUCUGAUCCCCCCAGGUCAACCACAUGAGGGGAGCAUUCCUGAAUGGAAAUACCCUUUCUCAGAUACAGCACAGCAGAAGAAAAUGAAUCAAUCUUCAUGUUCCUCUUAUCAAAGUGCUAAUAUUACCAGUUCUUCUAGUGAGAGUGCCAUACAAAGCAAUGUCUCUACAUCCUAUAGCCAGGCUUCAACUGCAGUUGUUGGUAAUGAUAGUGUGAGUGAACUUCACAAUGUAUCUGGUGCAAGUGAGGAAUUGCAUGCACAUAAUGACAGUACUGCAUCUACAGCAGCUGCUGAUGAUGUUGCAGAUGUUAGUGAUAUCCAUACUCCUGAGAGCACUAGUGGGGUACAACAAAGGCCACUACUUUUGAAAAAGUCAUCAUCUUCAUCAAGUGGAGUGUCCAAAUCAAGUGUUAACAGCAGCAUGUAUCAAGCGUCAUCCAGUAGCAGCCCAACCAGCCUCUCCACCCUCAGCUCUCCAGAGACUCGGCAUUAUCACCUCCCUCAUCUUCAGCGUAAACAGCUGAGUGAUGCCAGCUCUAGUAGCUCAAGCAGCAGGGAGGGGUGUGUAUUGCAGCGUACCAUGGGCACUAGCAUACUAGAGUCUCUUGAAGAGAGUCCAGAGGAGCAGGAGGUCGGUAAGCAAGAGGCUGAAAUGUCAUCCCAGGAGGACCUUUUUCUUUCACCUCAUAGACAAGACAAAAAAGAUGAAGAUUCAAAAGUUAUGUCAUCCCAAGAGGUGUCAAGGCUUCACACUCCUCAGGGACGCUCAACCCCUGUUGAACCCCAUUUGCAACUCUUGAAACAGGCUCUUAAACAGGUCAAGCCUCAUACGGAUUCUGGUGAAUCAAAGAUAGUACAAAGUCAGGGAACACCAACAUCAAAAUACAUCAGGACAUCUACCCCUUCUUAUGAUGGUAAAGAACCAUUACAAAGUCAAGGGACACCUAUAGCAGAAAAAUUUAGCUGCUUGCAAUUUUCUGGGACAGUUGGAGAAACCAGUGAAUCCUCAGAUGCAGUGCAGCCUUCACCUGAAGCUUUUUCUUCACACAUUAUCCCAUCCUCUCCAACAGAUGGCCAAAAUGGUAUCAAUGACAGAUCCAAUGCAAAUGUAUCAACAACAUCAUCAGACGAAGUAGAGCUUCUGAGCCCUCCACAUUACCAGGCCACUAGCCUUGUAAAAGAGACCAGUAGUUCAUCUUCAAAUGCAGUGAAUAAUCCAUCACCAAAUGCUGUCCAGGUUAUUCCUGACUCUCCAGAAAGGAAAGAAAAUAGCAAUGAAGAUAACUCUGAUGAACUGGUGAGACUCCCAAGGUGGCAGGUCGAGCUUAUGAGGAAGGCCCAAGCAGAGGAAGAUAAGUCCAAGAUGACCAAGCAGUCUUCAUCGUUGACUUCAACAAGUGCUCCUUCUGCUUCAAUGGGGAAUAUAACUGAGGAGAAUCCAGUGCAACAACAAUCUGUUGACUCAAUGGAUUAUGAUGAAAGUGAGCCUUCUUUGCCUGCAUACAAGAGGCCUAAGCUUGACCACAUGCCAAACAAGCCUGCUGUUGAAACUUUUGAGCAACAAUCUGUGUCCCCAUCAUCAUUUGUAAUUGAUGCUGAUGAUAAGCUGUUCAAAUUCCCUGACAAGCCAGUCAAGAAAGAUCCACCUUUGAUUGCUCAGCAGGAGCAUGGAGGGCCUACACAACCAGACUUGUCUGAAGACUUGUUCCAACCUGGAACUAGCUCUACUCAAGAAUCCAUCACAGCUUCUCAAGUUGUAGUUAGCAAAAGCUUUCAGCAGUCUGAGCCAUCUCCAGGUGACGAAGAGCAAGAGAUGGACCAGUCUCAACUGUCCUUCAGUCUUCACCUCACUCAGUCUCAAGCAGAAUCACAAAUGCCAAAUGAAACAAGUCCUGCUAUGGAUAUUGAUGAUCAACAAGAUGACCCCUCAUGCUUGUCUGCAUUGACAGAACCAAUCACAAGCCAGUCCAUAUUGGAGCCACUUGUACCUACUGCCCAUACACCCAAGCACCAUGAGGAUACAAGGCAAGGGAUACCUGCUGGGUCUAUAGAGAGGGAUGAGCAGAUAGACAAGGUUAUUCCACCAGAUAGCAACCCCACAAGUAAAAUACAUUUGCAAGGGAGUGAACCAUCAAACGUUAUUCCAUCCUGUAGCAACACAGAUCCCAAAAAUGGAUCAAAUGCAGACCCGGAAAUGGAUAAGAAGAGUACUGUGCAUAUCAAUGUUACACACUCUGAAGAGCACAAUGAUAAUCGGCGAGACAAUGGUGAAGAUGAGCAACAGGCCAUUCUUCCUACAUCUGAAGUGUCCAGCGAGUCCACUAGUACAGUAUUCCAUUUCUCACUUCCUCCUGAUACUGAACCCCUCCAACCGGCUCUCUGCACCACCCCUCCACCCUUACGUUUGUGGCAAAAGCCGAUCGAGCUGAUUGAGCCAGAGCCUACCACUCAGUCUGCGGUCGAGUCUGUGGCAUGUGUGACCGCGGAACAAACUGCUCAAGCGCCGAGUACACCUCAAAUACAGCUUUCCAUCAUGAGACAGGAAACACCAGAGAGUGACUCCGAGGCUACUCAGACGUAUCUACACAUCGAGAACCCCGUAUCCACCCGACCUCCCACCGACAAUGUAAAUGAACCCGAUAUCCAGCCGAAUACCCGAGCUCAACCGACUUCCAGACAGCAAGAAACUGCCGCACCACUCUCUCCAUUUGCAGCAGCGCAAUCUGUUUUCGCUCGCAAAGCAAAUAAAGGCACAAAGCGUAAAAAGGAGUUGUCCCCUGUCGCUUCCGAUAACCCAUUCGCAUUUACAUCGCAAGAUGAUGUGCCCCAGGAGCCGAUUGCCAAGCGACAGAGAGACGAGCAAGAAACGACUGACAAGCGACGGAGGAACGAGCCAGAACCGACUGACAAGCGACGGAGAGACGAGCCGCCGACGGACAUACACGAAAGAAGGCGAUACCGCAAGGUCACGAAGACCAAGACCAUUCGCACUGUUACUACAACAGUAAAACACGUGGUGACGGUGCGGACAUACUUGGGAGAAAGCGACGAGGUGGCCUCGGAAGUGACCUUUGAAGAUAACGAAGUCCCGGCUGUAGAGAAAGAGGUGAAGGAAAAUGAGGAGGUGGAACAUUUUGAGGAGACCAUCACUGCAGCAGGGGGCUCAACGAUCAAGCCUGUGAGGAACAAAAAGGAAACUGCGAAAAUCCACGAUACAAGACGAUCUCCUCGAAGAAGUACAAGAGGAACAGCGCUCCCCGGACAGGAUGGGGAGGACAGGCCAUCAGGCGAGGGCCGUCAAUCUGGAGGACCAGGAAUUCAGGCUGUAUGGGAGGCAGGAACCUCAGGUGUGGAUACUGUACCCCCUCUAACGCGCCAGGCUACCAUACCUGUCAUAGAUGAGCCCCCCGCAUCCCACACUCCGCCCCACCCACUCUCAGCAGGCGUCAGAGUACUUGCGCGCUGGUCGGAUAACUUUUUCUAUCCCGGAGAGGUGACGUCCGGUCCAAGUAAAGCUGGGCUCUUCAAUGUCACAUUUGACGAUGGUGACAAGAGAAGGCUUCGUGCUGAGAGACUCAUAGCGAAAGACGUCUUGAGUGUUGGCCAGAACGUGUUAGCUCAGGGCGAGGAUGACUUUUUUGAAGAAGCUGUUAUAGUCGGCCAUUACAAAUCUGGCGACGAGAGGGGUUACGAGGUCGAGGAUAAGAAGGGGUGCACCAAGAGAUACCCGCGGAGUAAAGUCAUCUUGUCGGAGGAGCAGGUUGCAGUUCUCUUGACGAGCAGUAGCUCGCUAAGGACAACAAGUAGUUCAAGCGUCAGCACGUCUGUACAACCCCCUCGAGAUACAAGUACAGGGAGGAGUUUGGGUGGCUCUGCCGAUGCCUCAUGCCGCACCCCCCGUGACAGAUCACGUGAAAACGGUAAGAACCAUCAGAGAACAAAGUCCAGUGGAAAAGACAGCACGUGUAGUACACGUGGCUCGCGUGAUACUUCACGUGACACAAGCUGUAAAGAUACCACUGGCUCAGCAGGGACCAGACCAACGCGUCAGAGUCCGCGUAAAUCUGCAGCGAAGAACAACGAGACGCCAAAGUCUUCGCGCAAAGGAUCACGGAUGUACCGGGAGCGUACGUUAUCGAGAAGAAAGCGUGAUAUUGGAAACAGCAGCAACGAGACAAGCACCGAUGAAAGCCCACAGAGAGUGAAGCCCCAUGGAGCUCGUAGAGGACUGGGCAAAGCGCUGGGUCAGGGAGGUGCACGAAACCCCAGGCUAUUCUCCGGCUACUCGUUUUUGAUCACUUCUGUGCGGAAGGAGGAUUUGAAUGACUCGACUGAUAGCGAAAGCGAGAGACUGGAGCUGGAUCGUAAGGAACUGGAGCAUCUCAUCACCUCUUGUGGCGGUGUAGUAUUUAACACGUUCUCCAAAUCGCAGACAGCAGAGAAGUGCUUCUUGAUAUCCAACACAUGCCAAAGAACGCAAAAAUACUUCCAGUCCCUCGCGUACGGCAUCCCGUGCCUCUCCCACAUGUUCAUUCACGAUUGUCACACACUCAAUAAGAUCCAGCCUUUCCGCAAGUAUCUUCUUCCGGCCGGUAGAAGCCUGGAAACUGGCGAGCUGGUAGAGUGUGGCACGCAACCGCGGCCCAAGGUGUUGCGCGGGCUCAGAGUCUAUCUCCAUGGCGACCGUGUGUUUCGACAGACGUGGUCCAGCGUGGCACUGGCCGCGGGCUCGGAAGUCGUCACCAAGCUUCCGAAUCGUCCCAGUCGCGCGGUCGAGCAGUCGGACGACCUCGACUUCAACUGUGACGUCAUCGUGACUGACACCUCGCCUCUCUCUGUCAGCACGAGACAUGUAGUCUCCGUGCUUGGGAUACCUUUGGUGACACUGGAGUGGCUUUUGCAGUGCCUCAUUAAUGGCUGGGUCGUGUCGUUCGAUAACCCUAAGUAUUUCGUAACGUAACGUAACGUAACGUUACCUGAAAUUUUAUUGGUUUCCCUGUAAGGCCUUGUCUUGCCACUCUGUCCGUUGAAGUAUUGCAUUUUUAAGGAGUAAUCAUGAAUGAGUAUAGAAUAAUCCUCAGAUAGAGACCAGCGUUUAUAUGCACCAGGAUGACAUGCGUCAAGAUAGUACUUGAUAUCGCAAGGUGUGAAUAAAAUUCCAUGGCAUACAUGACCACAGAGCAAAAUGCACGAUGGCUAGGCUUGUGCUGGUAACUGAAGCCAUUUACAUUAAGGAUAGGUGACCUUAGGUCACCGAUCCAUACGUCGCGCUCCUACCCUGCCGAAUCUAAUUGUCUAUUGUAUCGACGCAAAUACAUUGGGUUCAACGUUGAUUCAGACGUCACACUAAAUAAGUCGCGCUCAAUAGGUUGCGAGUAAUAAAAGUUGAUUUGAUACGGAGUUUCUGAAAUAAAGUGAACAUGGGUUGAUUCAGCAUGUCAAAAGCUCGACGUUUGAAUCGGUGUCGACCUUUUGCCGUGCAGCACGACUGGUGCAGUGGCGCUUAGUGCCGUCACGAACUCAAUUCUGCCGUGAGGAAAUUCAGACGUCGAACUGUACAUGUGCGCAAUCCAAACAAUUCGAUUCGAGACGUCAGGAGCGCGACGUAUGAAUCGUGCGUAACCUGCUUUUGUGAAUCGAUUUUUUAAGCAGUACUUUAUGAUUUUUUUUAGUUGUACAUUUUAACAUUUAAUUUUUUUAAACGUUUUUUCAUCCAAUUCUUUAAUUUUGUUUCAGUAUGAAAAAUACCCAUUGCUCUCUCGCUUUUAAAAGCAAAUAAACAAGAGAUGCAAUUUUAAAAUAGAGUUUAUUUUUAUUUAUGAAUGGAAUGUCUGAUCGACUUAACACAUUUCUGGCUAUUAAAGGAUUAUCGCUGUUUUGUAAAUGAAAUAAGUCAUUAAACAGAUAUGGCAGAUCUCA